AUGCCGAAAGGACGUGUGAGAAAACAGAACGAGGAACUCAAUCAACCAAUUGAUUUUAAUUUAGAUGAAGAUUUCGAUUUUGAGGAAAAUUUCCGAAUUUUCAAAGACCGUGUAAGUCCUGAUCCUUUUCCCGAAGUUACGGAUCAAAUUUGCCGAUUUCCCUUACCUACAUUAUUCUAUCGACUACAGGCUAUUCACCUUGGAGACCUGCUGCGAAUAUCGGUAUGA